AUGACUACAAAUCCCAGAAAAGGUACCGACCCGGUGCCUAUGGAAGAAAGUGACCAGCUGACUAUAAGACCCUUGGGUGCUGGUCAGGAAGUUGGCAGGUCCUGCAUCAUGUUGGAGUUCAAAGGGAAGAAAAUUAUGCUGGACUGUGGCAUACACCCGGGCUUGUCAGGGAUGGAUGCUCUACCUUUUGUGGACCUCAUUGAGGCUGAUGAAGUGGAUCUCCUACUGAUUUCUCAUUUCCACUUGGACCACAGCGGAGCUCUACCGUGGUUCCUAACGAAGACAUCAUUCAAGGGCCGAGUAUUCAUGACACAUGCUACGAAAGCCAUCUACAGGUGGCUUGUUUCCGAUUAUAUUAAAGUUAGUAAUAUAUCAACAGAACAGAUGCUGUACACAGAGUCAGAUUUAGAAGGUUCCAUGGACCGCAUUGAGACCAUCAACUUCCAUGAGGAGAAGGAUGUGCGAGGAGUCAGGUUCUGGGCAUACAACGCGGGCCACGUGUUGGGGGCCGCCAUGUUCAUGAUCGAGAUUGCAGGCGUUAAGAUUCUAUACACAGGAGAUUUUUCAAGACAAGAGGACAGACAUUUAAUGGCGGCGGAGAUACCAACAGUACAUCCCGAUGUUCUAAUUACGGAGUCGACAUACGGCACCCACAUCCACGAGAAGCGCGAGGAGCGUGAGAGCAGGUUCACGGGCCUCGUCAGUGAGAUAGUACAGCGCGGCGGGCGGUGCCUCAUUCCAGUGUUCGCGCUCGGCCGAGCUCAGGAACUACUGCUCAUACUCGACGAGUACUGGUCUCUCCACCCGGAACUGCAAGACAUCCCCAUCUACUACGCGUCGAGUCUGGCCAAGAAGUGUAUGGCGGUGUACCAGACGUACGUCAACGCCAUGAACGACCGUAUCCGACGACAGAUCGCCAUUAACAACCCCUUCGUCUUCAGACAUAUCUCCAAUUUAAAGGGCAUAGAUCACUUCGAGGACAUAGGCCCCUGUGUAAUCAUGGCGUCGCCCGGUAUGAUGCAGAGCGGCCUCUCGCGCGAGCUCUUUGAGUCUUGGUGCACAGAUCCUAAGAACGGAGUCAUCAUUGCUGGUUACUGUGUGGAAGGCACGUUGGCUAAGACGAUCCUGUCCGAGCCGGAGGAGAUUACAUCCAUGUCUGGUCAGAAGCUGCCGCUGAAGAUGUCGGUGGACUACAUCUCAUUCUCCGCGCACACUGACUACCAACAGACAUCUGAGUUCAUCAAUAUAUUGAAGCCGCCGCAUGUGGUGUUGGUGCACGGCGAGCAGAACGAGAUGUCCCGUCUGAAGGCGGCCCUGCAGCGCGAGCACCGCGGCCGCCUGCACAUACACACGCCGCGGAACACGCAGCUGCUGCAGCUCACCUUCCGCGGGGACAAGACCGCCAAGGUGAUGGGUUCCCUUGCGAUGGACAAGCCGGAGCCAGGCACACAGCUACAGGGGAUCCUGGUGAAGAGAAACUUCAACUACCACAUACUCGCACCCUCAGACCUCAACAAGUACACGGAGUUGACCCAGUCGGAAGUGACGCAGCGCCAGUCGAUCCACUACAGCGGGUCGCUGGGCCUGCUGCGCCACGUCGUCAUGCAGCUGGCGGGCGCCAUCGACUUCCUCUCCGAGACCAGGUGGCGGGUCUACUCCUGCGUAGACCUCACGCUCGAGAAUAACAUGAUCACUCUCGAGUGGGUGGCGCAGCCAGUGUCGGACAUGUUCGCGGACGCGCUGGUGGCGGCCAUACUGUCGGCGUCCGCGCUGGCCGCGCCCAGGCAUCUACCGCUCGCGCCCAAACUGGACCGCAUGCACUUCAAGGAGUGUGUGAUAGAGAUGUUGCAAGAAAUGUUUGGAGACGACGCCGUACCGAAGAUGUUCAAGGGAGACAAGCUGUACGUCAGCGUCGACGACAAGAGGGCCGACAUAGACCUACUCACUAUGGAGGUGAAAUGUCCGUCGGACCCCACCCUGGAGCGUACAGUACAAAGCGCGGUGAGCAAGCUGUACGCGGCGCUGGCGCCGGUGAAGCCCCCGCCCGCCGCGCCGACCUCGUGA